CGGGGGUAAGGCCAAAUGGUGACUGAGACUCAGUCUGUGCCCGGGGGAGCUUGCUGUCUAGGAAGGAAACCUGGAGUUAUCCAGUCAUGCCUUCUUCACAAAAUAAUUGAUGGCAUUUGUGGCCGAACUUAUCCUCUCUACCAGGAUUAUCAAAAUGUUUGGGAUUCCACAGAAUGGAUGCAUGUUCUGGAAGAUAUUACCAAAUUUUUCAAAGCUGUAGUGGGCAAAAAAUUAUCUGAUGAAGAGAUAUCUCAGCAAUUGAAUCAGUUGAAUUCGUCUCAUCAGGAAGCUAUCAUGAAAUGCUUGAAAAGUAGAAAAGAUGAAAUUAAGCAGACUCUGUUAAACGAAAUAGUUGAUAUUUCCUCUGCACAGCUACAGGAUUUUGAUUGGCAAUUAAAGCUUGCACUUUCCAGUGACAAGAUUGCAACAUUACAAAUGCCACUUUUAAACCUUCAUCUAGACGUAAAAGAAAAUGGUGAAGUCAAACCAUAUUCUAUCGAAAUGAGUAAAGAAGAGCUACAGAACCUAAUAAAUUCCUUGGAAGCAGCUAAUAAGGUCAUCCUGCAGUUCAAAUAACUGGAAAUGAUGAAUGCCAGCAUUAUCAGAUUCCACUGUUACAACUGAUAUGACAGUGAAGACUGUGUGUUCAGAAAACCUGCAAUAUACUAUUAUGCCACGCUGAGAAAGCAGCCGUAUUGAGAUGACAAAGAUAAAAAUUUAUCAAGUUCCCUAAAGAACAGGAAAUUACAUGGUUGACAGGAAAUGCAUUAAAAUAUUAAAGAUAAAAAGCUAUAGUAGCAGUUUAUAUUUUCAUAAUGACUGUUCUGCUUCAUUUAUUAAAUAUUUGACAGAUCUUUAUAGAUACCGAGUUUUACUGAAAACUAAAAAUAGGCUCUAAAGUAAUGUUAACAUACAAAGCACAAAUAAACUUGAAUCUUGCUAAAAGAAAUAUGUGAAUAGCAAAGAUGUGUAUUAUGGAUAUAUAUGACUAAUUUGUGAUAUUUUAAAAAUAACUUUUAAAGACUGUAUAAGCUAUAAAUAACUCAGGAGAUUCCAUAUCUUACUCAUACUUCAAAGGAAAGAUAAAAUGUAAGAAUUCUUAGAGAAAGAAGCUCUUCAGACAAAUAAGAAAAAACUGUAGACAAUUUUGAGUUUAUGAAUUCUAUAAACUAAAAUCUUACACUAGAACAGGAAAAAUGCAAUAACACUGCUACUCUUGUAUUUCUAUGUCUGGGAGAGCAUGAGCUGAUAAAAAAUAUAUGUCAUUGUAUAGUUUAUAUAUUACUAUUCAAAUAGGUAAAAUGUCCAUUUUUUACAAACUCAAUAUUGAAUAUAACAGUUUUGGAUGUUAACUUUUUUGGCAAACAAAUCAUUUUUAAUUUCAGUUAAAUUUAAAGAUAGCAUUCUGAACAAAUAAAAACAAUUUCAUUUUAUUGUA